GUUACAGGAGUGAAGGUACAGUGAGUGGGAUACAGCGGUACGGUUGCAGCAGUUAAAUUGCAUCGAAGCGGUUGCAACAGAGAAGGAAGCCGCGGUAAGCUUAUUGAAGGGUCGACUGGGGUGCUGUGCUGCGCGGCGUCCCCAGAAUGAGCGAUUCUGACUUACCUCAGUCGACAGGUAUUUGCCCACAGACCCCGCGAGCAUGGCAUCCGCGCCAGACAACCCUGUCCUCCUGUGGGCGUGGCUGCUGCUGCUCCUGGCUGCGUCGACGGGCGUGAAGGGGACGGGUUCGGGGCCCGGCGGCGAGUUCAAGGCCGCGAGGGACUACGGCGCCAGCGGGUCACACAGCCACAUGCGGCAGCACCACCACGACCGAUCCAAAGGGCGCCUCUGAAGGGCAUCACCAUCACAGACCCCGGCAGACGAUAGACAAUACCAAGCUCCUGCAGGAUAGCGCCCUUGUGCAUGAUACCGAACACAUGAAGGAAGAGAUGCCGGACUACCUGACACCUGAAACCAUUAAGAACAUGUCGCCGAGGGAACUUGACUACCACUAUUUUAAACUCCACGACUUCGACGAGAACCUCCGGCUCGAUGGCCUUGAGCUCCUGGCCGCCCUCGGCCACGUCCACGCCGAUGACGAUGACGAUGACGAUGA